AUGCUCCCAGAGACUUUGAAGGUCCUUGACAUGCUGGUGAUCAUCGAGGUCAUUGUCCAGUACAGCUGGAGCAUGGGCCGCGUUCCGUUGGAUCGCCGAGCCUGGAAUCACAUCUUCGUCAACUCGAAACAAACCUGUGAGGGUCUUGAGCGUGUUCGACGUGCAAACUAUGUUGCAAACUUGGCGCAGCUAACGAAGUCUUAUGCUCUCAUUCUCGGAGACCAGAAGCAAUCCUCCCCACAAGUUGUACGCACCUCAGCGCAGGACUGGUUGGGCAAGAAGUCCUUGGUGCAAACGGUGCUCGCUCUCGUGUUCCGAACCCCGUAA